AUGUUUGAUAAAGUUACGAGCAUCACUUGUGAUUCUGCACCAAAUAUGAUAAAAAUGUUCGAUUACUUUUCACGUCCUGAUAUAACACAUAUUCGUUGUCACGCACACUUCCUUCAUCUUAUUGUUUGUAAUGGCCUUGGUCUCUGGAUCGAGAGAAAAGAAAAGACAAAGGCUAAGACUGAUGAAACAAAUCCACAUGAUCCUGAAGUACGCCUCAGUGAUUCUUUACAAAAAAUCAAUAGAAUUGAUGAUGAACAAUUAAUUAAUGAAGUACAUGUUGUUCAAAGUGAUGGUGAACAUCCUGAAACAGAUGAUGAAAGUGAAGAUUCGGAUGAAGCAGAAGAUAAAAAUAAUAUCAAUCAAGGUGAUAAUGGUGGUAAUUUUUCAGAUGAAGCCGACUCGAUUUCUAUCAAUAGUGAAUCGGAUAUUGAAAGUACAAAUGAUUCAUAUCAAAAUAACUUUGAAGUUGGUGUUGAUGUACAUCCCAGUGAAAGUUCUGAUUUAUCAUUGCGACAACCUAAUCCAGGUAUUUGUUUAGUUGUCGAAAAUGUACGUACUCGUUGGAAUUCAACGUACAAGAUGUUAUACUCAUUAAAUAUGCACCGAUUAAUAAUCAUUGAAUUAUUUCAAAACAAAACAAAUUUGGAUAUAACAAAAAAACAACAACAACGUUUAAAUGCUUUAGAAUUGACAAGUGAUUGCUGGUAUAUAAUUGAAUUAUUAAUUAAAAUAUUGAAGCCGUUUUAUCGAGCUACUAAAGCAAUUAGCGGUAGUGAUUAUCCGACGAUAGGAAGUACAUUUUUUAUUUUUCGUCGUCUUGAAAAAGAUUUCUUAUCCAACAUUAGUCCAACAGAUGAUCCAUUAUUUAAUAAUAUGAAAGAAUGUUUAUUAAGUAAAAUGAUUUAUCAUAAUAUGUUUUAUGCAUACUUCUAUCCUUAUGGUAUAUCAGUUAUGACAAAUAAUGAAAUUAACACAAUAGAAAAUGAAAUAAAAUAUAUAAUUCGUCAACAAAUAUCAAACAGCCAAACACAAGCAUCAUCAACAACAUCUUCAAAUACAAAUGGAUCAUCAACAACAGAAAAAAAUCAAAAAAAAUCAUUACUCAAUUAUUUUCUUGAUUCAUUAGCUGAUGAUGAUACUCAACAGGUGAAAAGGCAAUCUUCAACGUUAAAUAAGAUAUUAAAUGAUGAAUUUAAAACUUACAAAAAAUUAGCUUGCCACUUUGUAUCAACAUCAACUAAUUUAUAUCAUUCACUCCAAUUUUGGAAGAAAAACAAGUUGUUAUUGCCCAACUUGGCACCACUUGCGCAAAAAUAUUUAGCUUCUCCAAGUACCAGUCCAAAAUCUGAAUCAGCAUUUAGCAUAUCUGCCUAUUAUGGCCGUAAACAACGAGCUCAACUUUCUUCAGAAAAUCUUGGUUUUUUCGUUUUUCUCAAAGAUAAACUAUGA